UUGACACUUCCGUUGACGUUUCCGCUGCAUGUGUUUUGGUUAGUAAAGUGUUUGUCCAGCUGUUAGUAUCGUUCACCGUAUUCCCUGAUCAUGCAAUACGGGAUUAAUGAAGACGCUGCUUAACAGCUAAGGAAAAACGAAUUUGGUUGUAACUCUAGAGCCAAUGCCACUAGUGCAACAUAGUUGAAAAGCAAUUUAAGGUGGAGUAAGGGCUGUCGGCUUCGUCUAGAUGGCGGCUGGUAAUUAACUGCAUCAAGUGUAUCGGUAAAAUUCCAUUGUCAAGAGUCGGAGAAGAGGAAAUUCUGAGGAAGAUUGCCUACAGUCCGCCGUCCUAAAUGGGAGCAGAGCAGAGUGGAGAUGCGGAGCACAAACACUCCGAUUUCAACCCUACAGCGGUCGCCUCGCCUGCGAAGCAGAGGGCAAAAAUGGAUGACAUCGUGGUGGUGGCCCAAGGAACGCAGUCAUUACGCAACAUCCACAACGACCCCGAUGUCAUUAAACUACAAGAAAUUCCCACGUUCCAGCCCCUGCUUAAAGGUGUCCUGAGCGGCCAGACAUCCCCCAGCAGUGGCCGCCUGGAGAAGCUGGACUCCCUGCAGGUGCUGCAGCUGUGCCUGCGCUAUCAGGAGCACUUGCACCAGUGCGCCGAGGCCGUCAGCUUCGACCAGAACGCCCUGGUCAAGCGCAUCAAAGAGAUGGACCUCUCGGUGGAGACGCUCUUCAGCAUCAUGCAGGAGCGACAGAAGCGCUACGCCAAGUACGCAGAGCAGAUCCAGAAGGUCAACGAGAUGUCCAUGAUCCUGCGACGCAUCCAGAUGGGCAUCGACCAGACGCUGCCUCUCAUGGAGAAGCUCAAUAACCUGCUACCAGAGGGCGAGCGGCUGGAACCCUUUAGCAUGAAACCCGAGAGUGAAACCAAGUAGCCACUCCCACCAGCAUUACAUCAUCUGAAGCUCCACCCACAUGUGAACUGUUGCCCCGCCCUUUUUCGUAAGCCCAUCUGUAAGGGAUUCCCAAAAAAAAAACAAAAAACUUGUGGAAAAGUGUUAUCUUUGUGGGUGUCCGUGGUUCUGCUACACCUUGUGGAGGUAUGUAAAGAAACCUGAGCAGUGGGAAUCUCAGAAUUAGUUUCCUGCUGCACAUACUCCUUAAAACUUGCCGAGUGGGAGGAGAGGAAGUGACUGGUGCUAUUUAUGGAUAUAGAAGCUGGGAUGCUCAGGAUCGUUAGCCAAUAUGGUCAGCCGAUAAAUCGCUGAACUCUGCCGUAUGCAUACUCGCUUGCUUCAGUGCUUCACUCGUCAGAUGGAGAGUGGAAACACACAUGACAUUUUAAAGUUUACUGUGAUGUAAUAUUGCACAAAACCUUGCAUCCAAAUCUAUAAUUUAAAAAGAAUUAUUGAGUCUCACUUUUUACUUUUUUUUCUGUAAAAUGUUAAAUUAAACCAUUCAAAUGUUUAUCUUUCUUGUAACUAAUUAUAACAUAUUGUGAAAUGUAAAGUGUGUUUGUUUUAGGCCCAGAUAUUGUUUCAUGCCAGAUAUUUGCAUUUCGUAAUACAUAUUUAUGUCAUCCCAAUAACAUAAACUCCUUAAAUGUGGAAAAAGGCACUCACUCUCAACACAGAAUUUCAUACGCCUUUUGAUACAGCUUAGGAUGUGGCUAAUUGCAGUGUGUACAUGCUUUACAGAACUCUGCUCAUUGUAUGCAGCAGAGAAUCAACAUGGUUUCAUCUAUAGCCAGUCGCUAGAGUUGAGAGUUUUGCGAACGUCCACGAAACAAGCGAUGGCAUCUUGUGUCUGUACGCCCAGGCAUGAAAAAUGGCAUUGGAUGCCGAAGUUAAAAGCCAUAGUUAAAUCAUAAUAGUAUAAACGCAAAGAGUUAAUGAAGCAUUAAUAAAGCGUUAAUGAAGCAUUAAUAAAGCGUUAAUGAAGCAUUAAUAAAGCGUUAAUGAAGCAUUAA